AACACACUUUACUUCUAUCAAGUUUAUAUUCCUAUUGGCGGACUAUCUGGGAUAUACCAACACAACACAGCCUUGUUUCAUUGAUACAUGAUGUCGGCCAAAAUCAAUAUUUAUCAAAUAUGAGGAGCCAUCAAAUAUCAUUGUUUCACCGCCAAGAAGCUCGCCCAUCACUCCACUCAUCGCUCGAACGACCUCAAGGAUCACGUUCAGGACCAAUGGCUGUAUGGAUGGGACGGAACGAUUUCGGACGCUCGACUCUAUGUCUGUCGUCUUGGCAAAUGCCAAAAGGGUUUUCGCUUUGGAGCGUGCUAUGUUGACGAUCCUCUUCUUUUUUUUCCCCGCUUCUCGCAACGAUGCACACCAUCAACCCCAAACAUAGGACAAGGAAAAGGAAAAAGAAAGGGAGAAGUCGCGGUACCGCUAUCAGAGCGAGAUCCAGCAGAUGAUGUUCGUCUUUGGUGAGGUCUCGGAUGCGAUCCAGGAGACCACCAUGCUCGUCGAGGACAUUGUCCGCUCACAAGUUAUCGAAAUCAUCUGUCUAGCAGCGCAGCAGGCCCGCAAACGUUGCUCCCGGUUCAUGUCUGCCGAGGAUCUGAUUUUCCUCAUCCGCCAUGAUCGUCCCAAGGUCAACCGCCUUCGUACCUAUCUCUCCUGGAAGGAUGUGCGCAAGAACGUCAAGGACUCGUCUGAUGGAGCCGGCGGCCCAGGAGCCGAUGAUGUGGUCGGGAUCGAGGACGCGGCAGCAGACGGGAAGGCACCGGGAUCGAAGGCAAGGCGAAUGCGGGUCAAAUUGAGCUGGGAGCUGUUGAACGGGUUCUCAGAGGCGAUGGUCGGGAUUGGAGAGGAUGACGAUGACGAUGAUGAUGACGAGGAUGCCUAUCUGGAUUCAAUGCAACGUUUGCGGGAUGCUGACAGGAUCACGUUUGCAAUGACGAGGGAAGAAUAUGAGCACUAUAGCGAAUGUCGACAGGCAUCAUUUACAUACAGGAAAGCGAAGCGUUUCCGAGAAUGGGCCAACAUGUCCUCGUACAUUGAUAUGCGACCCAACGACGACAUUAUCGAUAUCCUUGGAUUCCUGACGUUCGAAAUGGUCACGACCCUCACAGAGACCGCACUCAAGGUCAAGAAGGAAGAGGACGAGAAACAAAGGCUACAUCGUGAAGCAGUCGCAAGGUCCAAGAACCAAGGCAAAGGAGACGAUGGCGGAUUGUUCUCACUACCACCAAGCGAACAGAGUCCGCUGCAGCCUCGACAUAUCCGAGAGGCCUUCCGACGACUACAAAGAGCACCGCUUCCGAUCAAGAAUUAUCAGGGAGGAUUGGCGCGGACAAAAGUGUCCUUGAUCUGA